CAAACGUAAGCAAGAAAGGUUUACCCACUUAUGUAUCAGUGAGAGGCCUACACGGAAGUAUCCAUAUGUACAACGCAGCUUUGAUGUCUGAAUCUAGAUGACUAAGCUUCAUUUCACAUGACUAGCCUGCUCAAACAGUAAAGAGAUGGAGACUGUGGUAAUUGUAGCUAUUGGUGUCCUGGCUACUAUCUUUCUGGCUUCCUUUGUGGCCUUGGUCGUGGUCUGCAGGCAGCGCUACUGCCGAACGAAAAAUCUUCUCACACACUACAACAACAAGCCAACUGUGGAUUUAAUUGGAGCAAUGGAAACCCAGUCUGAGCCAUCAGACCUGGAACUGGAUGAUGUUGUGAUUACAAACCCACAAAUCGAGGCAAUUUUGGAAGAUGAAGACUGGAUUGAAGAUGCAUCUGGACUUGUGUCUCACUGCAUUUCAAUUCUAAAGAUAUGCCACACACUCACUGAAAAGCUGGUAGCUAUGACUAUGGGGUCAGGUGCUAAAAUGAAAACUCCAUCAAGCUUGAGCGACAUCAUUGUUGUUGCGAAAAGAAUCAGUCCAAGAGUUGAUGAUGUGGUUCGUUCUAUGUAUCCUCCCCUGGACCCAAAACUACUUGAUGCAAGGUAUUACUCACGGUUUGUAAUGAUGAAGUUUCGGAUUAUCGUGCCUGACGUGGCGUCCCACUUCAAUGUUAUCUUGAGACGCGACGGGACUCUUGUCAUUUCUGGUAAAGCUUUCAGGAGCGCUCCAAAAAUCACAGAAGGUUCGCUGGUCGUGUGCUGCGGUUUUUUCUUCUUCUUUCCUUGA